UUCUCGCCUGCGGCUAUAGAGGGCCAAACCCGCUAACCCUGAAGAGCAGCAUCUCGCGCCACCCCGGCCGGGCGGCGCAGGUCCAGCUGCCAGCGCCAUGCCUGCGUCUGUGCUGUGGGCUGUGGACCUCUUCGGCAGGGUCUACACCCUGUCCACGGCUGGCCAGUACUGGGAGCUGUGCAAGGACACCCAGCUGGAGUUCAAGCGGGUCAGCGCAGCCACUCAGUGCUGCUGGGGCAUCGCCUGCGACAACCAGGUCUACCUGUACAUGUGCGCCAGUGAUGUUUCCAUCCGCUGCCGAGAGGAGGCCUAUGAGAACCAGCGCUGGAACCCCAUGGGUGGCUUCUGUGAGAAGCUCCUGCCAAGUGACCGCUGGCCAUGGAGUGACGUGAGUGGGCUCCAGCACCGGCCGCUGGAUGGGGUGGCGCUGCCGUCCCCAUACUGGGAGUGGGAGUCGGACUGGUAUGUGGAUGAGAAUUUUGGAGGAGAACCCACUGAGAAAGGGGGGUGGACCUAUGCCAUCGACUUCCCCGCCACCUACACGAGAGACAAGAGGUGGAACUCGUGUGUGCGGCGGCGGAAGUGGAUCCGAUACAGGAGAUACAAGUCCCGGGAUGCCUGGGCCAAGAUCCCCUCAAAGGAUGACCUUAAGGAUCUGCCUGAUCCCUUCAAUGACCUCUCUGUGGGUGGGUGGGAGAUCACUGAGGAACCCGUGGGCCGCUUGUCAGUGUGGGCUGUGUCCCUGCAGGGAAAGGUAUGGUACAGGGAGGACGUCAGCCACUCCAACCCAGAAGGUUCAUCCUGGUCUCUGGUGGACACACCUGGGGAAGCUGUCCAAAUCAGCUGUGGACCCCACGACCUCCUGUGGGUCACCCUCUGGGAGGGGCAGGCCUUGGUCCGGGAAGGAAUCAACAGGAACAACCCCAAAGGUAGUUCGUGGUCUAUAGUGGAGCCUCCGGGGUCUGAGAACGGGAUCAUGCACGUCUCUGCUGGAGUGAGCGUGGUCUGGGCUGUCACCAAGGACCGGAAGGUGUGGUUCCGAAGAGGCGUGAACUCGCACAAUCCGUGUGGCACUAGCUGGAUCGAGAUGGUUGGGGAGAUGACGAUGGUGAACGUGGGGCUAAAUGACCAGGUCUGGGGCAUCGGCUCUGAGGAGCGAGCUGUGUACUUCCGACAGGGUGUCACACCCAGUGAACUCAGUGGGAAGACAUGGAAGGCCAUCGUCGCAGGCCGAGAGAGUGACCGGUCACACUCUGGCAGCUCCUCAAGCCUCCUCAGUGCGGGCUGCUUUUUUGGCGACGAGGUGAAGGGUGGCAGUGAGUCUGCACCCAGUGACACUGAUGCUGCCGCUGAAGUGGAGAGACCCAGGCCUGAGUGGUCUGCGCCUGAAGAGCCUUUGGACAAUUCCAGGGACCCCAAGGACAGUGCAGCCCUAGGCCCCGAGACUGGAGGGACUGCCGAGUGUGCCUCGGAGAACCUCUGUCCUGAUGCGGGCGCCAGGGAGGCUGCUCAGGCCUCUGUCGGCAGUGCGCGCCCCCUGCCGGCCUCCGCUGCAGCUGAGCUGCCCUGGACCAGCAUUGACCUGAAGGAGCCCAGGAAGAUACCCAGCCACUCUGCUGCAGGCUUUGCUGAGACCACGAGCCACUCCUCCCUAGGGCUCUUGCCCCUAGGCCUGGACGAGCCCUACGGGGCUGACGACCACCCUCUGUGGGCCUGGGUGUCCGGGGGUGGCUGCGCAGUGGAGGCCGGCUCUAUGCUCAAGUGGUUCACUGUCCAGUCGGGCCUGUCUCCCUCAGUGCAGACCCUGUCCCUGUCCAUCUCGCCGGCCCAGACUGCCACCUGGAGGAAGCAGAUCUUCCAGCAGCUCACAGAGAGGACCAAGCGGGAGCUGGAGAACUUCAGGCACUAUGAGCAGGCUGUGGAGCAGUCUGUGUGGGUGAAGACAGGAACCCUGCAGUGGUGGUGUGACUGGAAGCCCCACAAGUGGGUGGACGUCCGCGUGGCCCUGGAGCAGUUCACAGGCCACGAUGGGGCCCGUGACAGCAUCCUCUUCGUCUACUACAUAGUCCACGAGGAGAAGAAGUACUUCCACGUGUUCCUCAACGAGGUGACAGUGCUGGUCCCGGUGCUUAACGAGGCCAAGCAUUCCUUUGCCCUGUACACCCCAGAGAGGACACGGCAGAGGUGGCCUGUGCGCCUGGCUGCCACCACUGAACAGGAUAUGAAUGACUGGCUUGCCCUGCUCAGUCUGAGCUGCUGUGAGAGCCGGAAGAUCCACGGCCGCCCAUCCCCGCAGGCCGUCUGGUCUGUCACCUGCAAGGGGGACAUCUUUGUGAGUGAGCCCAGCCCAGACCUGGAGGCCCAGGACCACCUGCUACCCUGUGACCAGAUGUUCUGGCGGCAGAUGGGAGGUCACCUGCGGGUGGUGGAAGCCAAUAGCCGUGGCGUGGUAUGGGGCAUUGGCUAUGACCACACGGCCUGGGUGUACACGGGCGGCUACGGUGGAGGCUGCGUCCAAGGCCUGGCCAGUAGUACCAGCAACAUCUACACGCAGUCAGACGUGAAGAGCGUCUGCAUCUAUGAGAACCAGCGCUGGAACCCUGUCACAGGCUACACCAGCAGGGGCCUACCUACCGACCGAUACAUGUGGAGCGACGCCUCGGGGCUGCAGGAGUGCACCAAGGCCAGCACGAAGCCCCCGUCCCUACAGUGGACCUGGGUUUCAGACUGGUACGUGGACUUCAGCGUUCCUGGUGGCACGGACCAGGAAGGGUGGCAGUAUGCCAGUGACUUCCCUGCCUCAUACCACGGGUACAAAACCAUGAAGGAUUUUGUCAGAAGGAGGUGCUGGGCCAGAAAAUGCAAGCUGGUGACCAAUGGACCCUGGCUGGAGGUGGCCCCCAUCGCCCUUGGGGACGUGUCUAUCAUCCCGGAGAGCCCAGAGAACCCAGAGGGUGAUGGCCGUGGUCACAACAUUGCACUCUGGGCUGUUAGUGACAAAGGCGAUGUGCUCUGCCGCCUGGGUGUGUCUGAGCUGAACCCUGUGGGCUCCUCCUGGCUGCACAUUGGCACCGACCAGCCCUUCGCCUCAGUCUCCAUUGGGGCCUGCUACCAGGUAUGGGCUGUGGCCAGGGAUGGCUCUGCGUUCUACCGGGGCUCUGUGUCCCCUUCCCAGCCAGCGGUCAGCUGUCCUGUCACAGGUGACUGCUGGUACCAUAUCCCAUCACCCCCCAAGCAGAGGCUGAUGCAGGUGUCCGUGGGGCAGACGUCUGUGUACGCCCUGGAUGAAAAUGGGAACCUGUGGUACCGUGGAGGAGUCACACCCAGCUACCCUCAGGGCUCCAGCUGGGAGCACGUGUCCAACAACGUGCGCAGAGUGUCUGUGGGACCCCUGGACCAGGUCUGGGUCAUCGCCAACAAGGUCCAGGGGACCCAUGGCCUAAGCAGGGGGACCGUGUGUCGCCGCACCGGUGUGCAGCCCCGAGAGCCCAAGGGACAGGGCUGGGACUACGGUAUCGGGGGAGGCUGGGACCACAUCUCUGUCCGAGCCAAUGCCACCAGGGCCUCCCGGAAUGUGUCCCAAGAGCAGAAGGCCCAUGGCCCUGUCAGCUGCUGAGAAUGCCUGCCACCCAUAGGAGGGGGUGACACCAGGCUUGAAAGAUCCAGGCUGAGCCAUUCUGUGCUGAAGUGCACACCGUGGAGGGUGUUGCAAAGGUCGACUCGGGAAGUCUGGCCCAGGUUGCAGCCAACUUCCAAAGCACUGGCCGAAAUGCCCAGAGAUGUGACGCUCUGUGGGACUCGCCCACCCACAUCCCCAGUCUUGGAGAAAUGUCAGAGAGAGGAGUUGGGGACAAGGACCCUUGCCACAGCCCAUCCCAACUGUCGCUUCCUAUUCUGCCUUCUUCCUCCCUAAGCUGGAACCUGGAACCCAAAGCCCUCUAGGCCAGCCCUCCAAAUCACACCUGGGCUCUACCUACCCCAUUGGGAAUUUCCACGAAGCCCAAGUCACUUAUCACAUGCCAUGAUCACCCCCCAGAGUGGGAAUGUGCGGAGGGUAUUUUCCAUGUUCAGUAGAGUGGGCAGCUUAGAAAUGGAUGGUUGGUUGUGGGUGGUUGUCCUCUUUCGCAGUGGUUUGGUGUCCCCUAGAGAAGACUGGGAGGUGGAGAUGGUGUGUGUGCGUGCACAAUUACCAUUAGGAGUCCUUGGCCACCUCCCUGCCUAUGAUUCAGUGGGACAGGGGCCUUCUGGUUCACCCGACCAUGUGGAAGGGUGGCCAUCCCAUGGAAGGGUGGCUGGGUGGAAGCUGAUGGCACCUUGGGCCCCACAGGUGUUGGGGGCGAGCAGUAAUGUGCCUGGCAUGAAGGUGUGGCCUGAGCCCUGAGUGUUCUGUGCCUGGGGCACAACAGAAGGCACCUUUGCCCCAGGGGUGCCCUGGCCAGCCAGGCAAGAAGGACAUGCUUGGCCAGUGCCCCAGCUCCCUCACGCAGCCUCCUGCCUGCCUAUACAAGGUGGCAUCUUCCUCCAGCUAGACACUGGCCAGGAGAUGGCCAGAGCCAAGUCCUUCAUCUGCCAGGAUGAGCCACUGGCCACUUGUUGGGCUCUGGGACAGAAAGGGCAGCUCUGCAUUUGCCUCCGAGUCCACACUGCUGUUACAGUUUGUCACCAGAAGCUGACUCUGAGCACUGCCCCCACCCCAGCCCUCUUCCCAUGGCAUUUGAGAGGCCUGUUGUCCAUUGGCCAUGGUUCCAGAGUUGGGCUGGUCCCACCAGGGUGUGGAGCUGCCCUGCAACCUCAAGAGUGGAUCCCUCGUCUGUUUACAUUUCCCCAUCAGGUUCCUGAUAGGCAGUGUGGCUUGUCACCUCACAUCUGUGACCUGUACAUCUGCCCUUGAGUCUCACUGUGCAGGUAGCUUUCAGGCAACCUCCUGGAGGGUGUCACCCUGCCCUGUCUCUGCAGUGACCUCUCCUGACCGUUUACCUGCUCAGCAUCACUGAACUCUUGAUUCCUCAGAUGCUUUAUUCAAUAAAAACUUAUGUCACACUGCCCUGUCACUGCAGUGA